AUGAACAUGCUAUUCGUGUUUUUGGAAGACGAAGUAUUCUGUGAAAUAAUAAAAAUAUCGUCUAUGUGUCCAAAUAAGGAACGAUUUGUCAAACGACGAGCUCGCUUAGUUGGUAACAACGGUGCUACCCUUAAAGCUAUGGAAUUACUUACACAGUGUUAUGUUUGCAUUCAAGGCGGCACAGUGUGUGCAAUCGGACCGCUAGCAGGCCUGAAGCAAGUGAGUGCUAUAGUGACGGAUUGUAUGAACAACAUUCAUCCCAUAUACAAUAUAAAGACUCUGAUGAUAAAACGUGAACUUAUGAAAAACGAAAAGUUGAAAGAUGAGAACUGGGAACGAUUUUUACCUAAUUUCAAGAAGAAGAUACAAUCUUCAUCCUCCACAAACGAAGCUAAGAAGAAAAAGAAACGGGCUUGGAAGAAGAAGGGUGAAUACACUCCAUUCCCUCCUGCACCUACUCUUAGCAAGAUUGACAAGCAGUUGGAAAGUGGAGAAUAUUUUAUGACUGAGAAGGAGCGGCUGUUGAAUAAAAAGAGGAAAAAGAUAGAAGUUGCUGCCAUGAAGUCUGAGGAUCGCAAGAAGGAGAAGUUGAAAAAGUUCCAAGCCUCCUGUAGAAAAGGUGAGAUUGGUAUUCUCACUCAUUUUCUUAUACGAAUACGUUUGUGGUGUUUGCCACGAGAGAAGGAGACACCGAAGCGGCAAGCUGAAGCAUUGGAUGUGGAGAAAUUAAAGAAAAAGAUCAAGAAAAUAAAGACGUGA